AUGGGGAGCGGGGCCAGCGCCGAGGACAAGGAGAUGGCCAAAAGGUCCAAGGAGCUGGAGAAGAAGCUCCAGGAGGACGCGGAUAAAGAGGCCAAGACAGUCAAGUUGCUUUUGCUUGGGGCUGGAGAGUCGGGCAAGAGCACCAUCGUGAAGCAGAUGAAGAUCAUCCACCAAGAUGGCUACACGGCUGAGGAGUGCAUGGAGUUCAAGGCCAUCAUCUAUGGCAACAUCCUGCAGUCCAUCCUGGCCAUCAUCCGCGCCAUGUCCACCCUGGGCAUCGACUACGCCGAGUCCUCCCGCGCGGACGAUGGCCGGCAGCUCUUCAACUUGGCCGACUCCAUUGAGGAGGGCACGAUGCCGCCCGAGCUGGUCGACUGCAUCAAGAAGCUGUGGAAGGACGGGGGGGUUCAGGCGUGUUUCGACCGUGCUGCUGAGUAUCAGCUCAAUGAUUCUGCUGCAUAUUACCUGAACCAACUGGACAGGAUCACGGCUCCCGACUACCUGCCCAACGAGCAGGACGUGCUGCGCUCCCGCGUCAAGACCACGGGCAUCAUCGAGACCAAAUUCUCUGUCAAAGACCUCAAUUUCAGGAUGUUCGACGUGGGAGGGCAGAGAUCAGAGAGGAAGAAGUGGAUCCACUGCUUCGAGGGGGUGACCUGCAUCAUCUUCUGCGGGGCACUGAGCGCCUACGACAUGGUGCUGGUGGAGGAUGAUGAAGUGAACCGCAUGCACGAGUCCCUGCACCUCUUCAACAGUAUAUGCAACCACAAGUUCUUUGCAGCCACCUCCAUCAUCCUCUUCCUCAACAAGAAAGACCUUUUUGAGGAAAAGAUCAAAAAGGUCCAUCUCAGCAUUUGCUUCCCAGAUUAUGAUGGUCCCAACACGUUUGAAGAUGCAGGGAAUUAUAUCAAGACCCAGUUCCUGGAUCUGAACAUGAGGAAGGACGUGAAGGAGAUCUACAGCCACAUGACCUGUGCCACAGACACACAGAACGUCAAGUUUGUCUUUGACGCCGUCACAGAUGUCAUCAUCAAAGAGAACCUCAAGGACUGCGGCCUCUUCUGA